AUGGGGUCCCCAUAUUUCCCAGCGCGCACAGUUCUGUUCCGGAAGGAGCCAAGCGGUGUGACCUACAGAAUUCCGGCGCUGCUCUAUUUGCCGAUCUCCAACUCCUUCCUGGCCUUCUGUGAGGAGAGGCUCAGCCCAGCGGACUCCCAAGCCCACCUGCUGGUCCUGCGGAGGGGGACUUUCUACCGCAACUAUGUGGAGUGGGAUGACAUCAGGGUGCUGGAAUCUGCUCGCCUGCCAGGUCACCGCUCCAUGAACCCCUGUCCAGUCUACGAUGAGUUCACCAACACCGUCUUCCUAUUCUUCAUCGCUGUGCUGGGCAACAUCACAGAGUCCUUCCAGCUGGUCACAGGGAAGAAUGUGACCCGUCUGUGCUUCGUGUCCAGCCACGACCAAGGGCAGACAUGGAGUCCCGUCACCGACCUGACCAAAAGUGUCAUUGCAGACACCAUCAAAGACUGGGCCACCUUCGCGCUCGGCCCUGGCCACGGGGUUCAGGUGAAAUCGGGCCGGCUGCUGGUGCCGGCCUACGCCUACCACAUCGACUGCAGGGAGUGCUUCGGGCGGCUCUGCGUGACCACGCCCCACUCCUUCUGCCUCCGCAGCGACACGCACGGGCGCAGCUGGCUCUUGGGCGAGGCCGUGCCCGCCCUGGACAGCGUGGAGUGCCAGGUGGUGCCCGUGGACGAGGAGGACGGCGGUAGCGUGGUGUACUGCAACGCCCGGAGCCCACUGGGGUGCAGGGUUCAGGCGCUCAGCCUCGACGAUGGCGCCACCUUCCAGAACGGGCAGCUGGUGCAGAAGCUGGUGGAGCCGCGGAACGGUUGCCACGGCAGCGUGGUGGGCUUCCCCGCUCCUCUCCGCUUGCCCCAGGAACGCCGCGCGCUGCUUUUUGGCCCCCGUGGCUCGGCCCCUGCUCGGGCCCGACACUGGACCUUCAGUGCUCACCCACCCCCUGCAGACCCUCGAACCUCUGGAAACUUCCUCACACCCACGUGGGUGGCCUACUCCCACCCCACUUGGCCCAACGCCCGGCGGGACCUGGGCGUGUACCUCAGCCUGUUCCCUCGCGACCCGGACAGCUGGUCCGAACCCUGGGUCAUUUACAACGGGCCCAGCGCCUACUCCGAUCUGGCCUACCUGGAGCUUCCAGCCCCCGAAGCCCCGCCCAUCACUGCCUUCGCUUGUCUCUUUGAGAACGGCUCAAAGACGGCGUAUGACGAGAUCUCCUUCUGCAUCUUCACACUGUAUGAGCUCAUUGACCACAUCCCUCAUAGAAAGCCUGGCUCUGGCAGAGGAGAGGUGCAGAAGAAGAAGAGGAGGUGGAAGCAGAGGCAGAGCAGGCUUUGUGGCCUCUGUAGCAUCUGCUAA